UCUACUGUGUUAUUAAAGUAUCUUAUGCAGUCAACUCUUUAAGUUUUGAGAUAGUAUUCUCUUAUAUAUUAAAGUUCGCUUGCUUCCUAUCUUCAGUUUUUUUAAAAAUCAAAAUUCCCCAAAUGUAACCAGUGUAGAAACCAAUUGUUGUAUGUAUUUUAUUACUGAGAUUAGUUGGAAUGUGUAACCUAGAAAUAAAGUAAUGUGCAAGAAAAUAAGAGUAAUAUUUAUAUUAUUUUUAAACAAUUAAUAAUUUAUACGGUAACAAAAAUGGAGAGUGGUGAGGUCAUUUGUAUUUCAUCAGAUGAUGAAGAUACAGGACAGGAUAAAACUAAUGAAAGACAAAUGCCUAUUAAACUGUUGGAGAAUAAUCGUGUUAAACGUGUAAAGCCAGAAAUUAUUUUACAUGAAUGUGGAGAAAUAGUUACCUGUGAAAAAAAAAGAAAAGCAUCUGAGGUGGACAAUGAUGAUAAUAGUUCCAGAAGUAAUAAAAAAGUGUUACGAGAAGAACGAAUUAAAAAACAUAGUGUAGAGGAAGAUACCAGUGGAUUAACAAGUGUGCAAAAACAGAAGGAUGAAACUAUAUUAAAACCAAAAUUAGUAGUUAAAGAGAGUAAACCAUUUUCUCCUAUAGAACAGGAUAUAUUUCCAAUGUUUAUUAGUUUGUGUUUGCAAAAAGAUCGCUCUGAAGAUAUGAAAGUAAUUACUAAUAAAUUAAAAAGAUGUUAUGAACAAUUGGACUCAAACUAUGCUAAUUCAGAAGCUUUCAUUAGUUUUAUAAAUGAAAAAAGAAAUUACAUUAUGAAUAGUAAAAAUAAAUUAUAUUCACAUAUUGCUGAUGUGAUGAAUGAAAUGAAAAAAGGAUGUAGAGGAAAAUCAACAUUAUUAUUAAAUAACAAAAAGUGUACUUCUAGUUCGAAUAAAUUACAAUGUAACAAUUCUGAUGUACCUAGUUCCAGUGCUCAUACGAAUAAUGUAGAUAAUGUAAAUGUAGAUGAAAAUAAUGUUACUAAUGAAGAAGAUAAAGCAAAAGAUCGUACAAUAAACAAAAAGAUUAAGCUAUUAGAAGCAGCUAUGGAUAAGUGUCAAAAAUACAUUAGAAAAUGGGAAGAAUCAGAGGUAAACUUUGAUGAUGAUGACAACAGUUCGUACAUUAAAGUAGAGAAAUAUAAGCAUAGAAUGUUGAAGCUUUAUAACAAAUAUUGUCAAUACACUGGUGGAGAUAUUGAUGCAGGACGACAGUAUCUAAGGCCAAAACACUUGAGUACAACUGGAAUCGUAACUUUAGACCAUGCUAUAACAAACUUUAUUAACUCUAAAUUAUCUAAAUUGCAUAAAGUAAAAAAAAAUGGUACAUUCACGGAUGCAGUGAUUUUUCCAGAUUAUAAAGAUAUUCUGGAUUGUGUUGAGAGAUGUAAUAAAUUAAGUAAUUUAAGAUUGGAUACGAAACAGCAACAGCGAAUGGCUAAAAAGGCGUUUAUUAAAUUAGGAGAAUAUUUACAACGUUCUCGUCGAGCUGAUUACUGGGAUACAUUUUCCCUGUUUUUGGAAGAUAAGGAAGAUGAUCCAGCUCUGAAGGAUCAAGAGUUAGCUUUGAAAUUGUUAGAGAAUAAGAGGGAGGGUGAAAAGCGUUUAACUAAUGUAUUUGAAGAGUAUGUGAAAAAACAAGAAAGUAGUAAAAACUGUUUGGUGGCUACUGAGACAUCAUCAGAUGAAGAGGAUGAAGAAGAGAGUGUAGAAAAUGAGGAUGAAGAUAAUGAGAAUGGCAAUAUUAGUGAAGAGGAAUACAGUUUGAGUAUAAGCAGGGAUAAAAGUAGUUCAGAAACUGAGGAAAAGGAAGAAGAGAAAGAGGAAGAUGUCAAUAUAGGUACAGAUGAAGUAACAGUGAAAGAAACAAGCAUAAACAAUAAAGUUGAAACCAAUAAUUCCAAUGAAAAUGAAAUAACAGUGAAAGAAACAAGGAUAAACAAUAAAGUUGAAACCAACAAUUCCAAUGAAAAUGAACUAACAGUGAAAGAAACAAGGAUAAACAAUAAAGUUGAAACCAACAAUUCCAAUUCCAAUGAAGUAAUAGUGAAAGAGACAAGCAUAAACAAUAAGGUUGAUACUAACAAUUUAGAUAUAAUAGAAAUAGGUGAAGGUUUCCACACGAAUGCCAGUGAUAUGCUAAAAGACUGUGCUGAUGAUUGUAAUUUGAAAACAACGAAUUCGAGUAACGUUGUGAACAUUCCUGACUGUAAAAACGAGUCUGAGUCACGGAUAGAAGAAAAUGAUGGAACGGUAGUGUCUAAGGUUGGAGUUGAUGUACCAUCUAUGAAAGUAGAUGUCCCAAUUGAUAGAAUAAAAGAGGAUGAAGCUAAUAUUAUGACUGAGGAUGCGACGGAUACUAAAUCGUUAGAGGAGGAGAAACCAUUACUACGUGUGCGUUCGUUUGCAAGACAUCCUAUGACUUGGAAAGACGGAACUGAUAAAGUUGAGUCAGAUGUGGAGAAGAACGUGCCGACUACGUCGAUUAACAAUAGUAUCGUGGAUCUUACAGUGGAGACACCAAAUGAAAACGACAUUGUUAUUGACAGUUGCACAAAUGUUACAACUGACUCUGAAAUGUUUGUUCAUGUAAAGAGUAAAAAUAAAUUAAAAAGAGUUUUCGUAGCAGCGGGUAAAGACAUAGUCAAAUUAAAAAAUAUCUCUAAGUGUACUGGUAUGUUGAACCCUCGAGUUGUGGGUCCAAAUGUUACAAUGGAAUCUCAGAAUGAUCAAGUUGUUCCAUCUCAGAAAAACGUAGUGACCAUAUAUAAACAACCUGCAAUAGUGUCGGUAGUAAGAGAUCACAGCAAGCAGUCACCAAAUUCUGUUUUAAAACCUCAAGUAAGACACAUUAGUCGAUAUAUAAACAUUCAACCCAAGAAAUCUUAGCAACAAAAAUUUCAAUAACUCAGCGAGGGAUUUGUAUGUGUCAAAACAGAAAUGUUUGAAAUAAACAUUCAAAGCGAUUCGCUUCGAUUCUACGAACAA